AUGGAUAUGCUAGGUGUGGGUGUUGAUGGAACAUUUGGAGUACUUGGUGAAGAGGAAGGUGAAGGAGGAGGAAGAGGAGUUAUUGAAGGUGUGGGGGUGGGUGAAAAUGAUGGUGGAGGAGAGGGAGGAGGAGUUAUGGAAGGUGUGGGUAUGGGUGAUGAUGAUGGAGGAUUUGGUGUGCUUGGCGAAGGGGAAGGGGAAGGGGAAGGGGAAGGAGAGGGAGGAGUUAUAGAAGGUGAAGGUGAAGGUGAAGGUGAAGGUGAAGGUGAGGGUGAGGGUGUGGGUGUGGGUGUGGGUGUGGGUGUGGGUGUGGGUGUGGGUGAUGAUGCUGGAGGAUUUGGUGAAGGGGAGGGAGACGGAGGAGGAUUAGAAGGGGAAGGUGAAGGAGAGGGAAGAGUUAUAGAAGGUGAAGGUGAAGGUGAAGGUGAAGGUGAAGGUGAAGGUGAAGGUGAGGGUGAGGGAGGAGUUAUGGAAGGCGUGGGUGUGGGUGAUGAUGCUGGAGGAUUUGGUAAAGGGGAGGGCGAAGGAGGAGGAGGAUUAGAAGGGGAAGGAGCAGGUGAUGGCACAUAA